CGAUGCGGACCUAACCUCAAAUAGCCGCUGUCAUUCUGUCAAGUGGUUAUGAGUGUUGUCUAGUUUUGUCGCUGAAAAUUUGAUUUUGCGUGCAUGAAAUGCCACCGAAAUGCAAAUUUCAAGAAGGUACAAGUCGCAGAUUGUUUAAUACAGGAGAAAAAGUGUUGUGCUUUCAUGGACCUUUGAUUUAUGAAGCGAAAUGCCUCAAGUCUCAAGUCACAAAGGAAAAGCAGAUCAAAUAUUUCAUUCACUACGCUGGUUGGAACAAAAAUUGGGACGAAUGGGUGCCAGAAGGUAGAGUUUUGAAGUACAACGAAGCGAAUUGCCAGAAGCAGCGGGAAGUUCAGCGGGCCCAUUCGAAUCAGCAGUCAUCCCAGAAAAGCAGGAAAAGUGCGACAGCGACAAAAACACAAGGGCGUAAAAGCGAAGGUGGCCGGGAAAAGGACAGCGAUAGUCGAGCUAGCACACCUGUCGCUAAUGUUGAAAAAGGAACAGGUCGUUCUGGAAAAUACGGCAGUGGAUCACUCACAUCCACUUCUCACGAUUCGAUAUCAGAAGCUCCACGAAAACGACGAGGCCGAUUGGAAGCGUCUGGCGAGUCAGAGGAAUUCUUCGUUAAAGUGGAAUUCAAAAUUAUAAUACCGGAUGAAUUAAAGCUUCUACUGGUUGAAGAAAGUGAGGCUCUGAUGAAAAACAAAAAGUUGCCGUCUCUUCCAAUGCGAAUAACGGUCGAGAAAAUUCUGAAUGAUUUUGUAGAGUUUCAGGAAACUGGGGAUAUGAAUGACUCGAGCAGGGAGAGUGCGUUGGAAGUGACGAAAGGCAUUCGAGAAUACUUCAAUCUCACGCUUGGCCUUCAAUUACUCUACAAAUGGGAACGAUUGCAAUUCGAGGACAUAACCAGAGAAAAUCCGGACUCUUUGCCUAGUCAAUUGUACGGGGCGUUUCACUUACUUCGCCUGUUUGUGAAACUUGGAAAUAUGCUCUCAUUUAUUGAAAUGGACGAGAGAAGCAUUCACCUUUUGUCGAUUCGCUUUCAUGACUUUCUUCAGUAUUUACUAAAGAACAGAGAGAAUCUUUUUAAUCUUGAACAAGACUACAUAGAAUCAUCCCUGGAUUAUCAACGCCGAAAUGCUCAAUGUUAGAUAUUUCAUUAUUAGUUUUUAAUUCGAUUCUUAUAUUCUCGAGGAAUUCCAAACAAUUGUGUUUCACAUACAAUGUAUGUAUAUAUGGUUUAUAUAAAUUUUUAGAUUAAGAUUCGAAUAUUUGAAACAAUGGCAUAUUUUUACAUUAAAUCGUUUAUUUAUCGGAAACAAUUAAAGUUAUUUCUAACUCGUA